AUGGUAGAGAGUGAGAGCGAAGGACAAGGUUUCCAAGGGUCUUUUCGGAAGCCUUCCCCUUUCAAAGCACAACCGCCCGCAAUAAAUCCCCGAACAACUUCCCGGCUGAUGAGGCCGCCGGCCGGAGGCGACUUCAGAGUGCCGACGCAGGCUGGCUGCAGUACUCUGGGGGCUGGUGGUUAUAGGAAUAAAGUUGUCCUAAAACCUGGUCACAGUGCACUGGACUGGUCAGAGCUCUCCGUCAAGAAAGGAUCUCAAGGUCUGCUAAUCACAGGCAUCGCUAAACUACUUGCCGAUCCCGAAAUCCAGCAGCUCAACAGCCCACAAGCGCUCAUGGCGCUACAGCAUAAUGUCCCAACUUUUAAAAUCUAUCCUCCAAUCAAGGUAACCAAGGCACAGCUACAAAAACACAAUACUGCAGAAGACUGUUGGUGCGUUCUCAACCAAAGAGUAUACUGCGUUUCGUCUUACCUGGAUUUCCAUCCCGGAGGAGCCGAGAUUUUGUUGAGGACAGCAGCAGGCAAGGACGCAACCGCGCUGUUCAACAAGUACCACAGAUGGGUUAACUACGAGAGACUCCUUGAGACUUGCUUAGUGGGAGUGUACGUGCCGUAA